CGGCCGGGACGGCUCGGAUCCCCGCGUCACCACCUGGACCAGUUGGGUGGUGGACCCGGCCGAGCGGUUCUACUACGUUUGGCUGCAGCUCAUGGUUCUGCCCGUUGUCUACAACUGGGUGGUCAUCAUCCUCAGGACAUGCUUCCCGUCCAUCGCGCUGGGCUACCUGGCCGUGUGGCUGACCCUGGACGCCGCGUCCGAUCUGAUGUACGCCGCCGACAUGAUGGUCGCCCUGCGCUCGGGCUACCUGGAGCAGGGCGUCCUGGUUCGAGACGUGGCUCGUCUGAAGCGGCGCUACCUGGGCUCCAAGCGCUUCUUGCGGGACCUGGCGUCGCUGCUGCCGACGGACUUGUUCUACCUGGUCUUUGGCGUCCAGGCGGCCACGGUGAGGAUCAACCGUCUGCUUCGCACGCCGCGGCUCAACGAGGCCCUGGACCGCACGGAGACCAGGACCUCGUACCCAAACACCUUCCGCAUCGCCAAGCUGAUGGUCUACAUCUUUGUGCUGAUCCACUGGAACGCCUGCCUGUACUUUGCGCUCUCCGACCACAUCGGCUUCGGCAGCGACGGCUGGGUUUAUCCCAACGCGUCCCUCCCGGCGUUCGCGUCCACCCGCCGCCAGUACUUGUACUGCUUCUGGUUCUCGGCGCAGAUCUUCACCACAGUGGGCGACACGCCGCUCCCCCGUCAGGAGGAGGCCUUCCUCUUCAUGAUCGCCGACCUGCUCAUCGCCGUGCUGGUCUUUGCGUCCAUCGUGGGCAACGUGGGCAACGUCAUCACCAGCCUGAGGGACCGCGACCACGUCUUUUUCCCCAAUCACGAGCUGGUGAAGGCCUACCUGCGCAGCCACCACAUCAGCAAGGAGCUGCGUCAGCGCAUCGACAACUGGUACCAGCACCUUCACAUCAACAAGAAAAUCAUGCGGGAGAACGAGAUUCUGCAGCAGUUGCCGCUCCACCUCAGAACCGAGAUCGCCGUCAGCGUGCACUUGCCGACCCUCUCCAAGGUCACCAUCUUUCAGAGCUGUGAGAAGAGCCUCCUGGAGGAGCUGGUGCUCAAGCUAACGCCGCAGGUGUUCAGUCCAGGUGAGUACGUGUGCAGGAAGGGCGACGUGGGCCACGAGAUGUACAUCAUCAAAGAAGGCAAGCUGGCCGUGGUGGCCGACGACGGCGUCGCCCACUUUGCCGUGCUCGGCCAAGGAGACUUCUUUGGGGAAAUCAGCAUCCUCAACAUCAAAGGCAACAAGUCGGGCAAUCGGCGCACCGCCAACAUCCGAAGCGUCGGAUACUCGGACCUGUUCAGCUUGUCCAAAGAGGACCUGACCAACGUACUGUCAGAGUACCCGGCGGCCAAGCGCCACCUGGAGGAGAAGGGCCGUCAGAUCCUGACCAAGAUGGGCAUGCUCGAUGACGGCGGGGGGGCGACGGAGGCGGGGGACGGCGCCCAGCAAGUGGAGACCAAGAUCGGCGCGCUGGAGAGCGUCCUGGAGGCCCUGCAAACCAAACUGGCUCGCCUCAUGGCGGAGGCCGAGUCCAGUAACCGCAAGAUGGAGGCCCGCGUGGCUCUCCUGGAGUGGGAGCUGAAGGCCCGGACCGGGCGGCAGCACGGGGGAGGGCGCAAAGAAGCGAGAGGAGGCCCAAGGCCAGGAGGCCGAGGAGGGAGAUGGCGCCGAGAGCAGCCAAGAUCACGUGAUGGAUGGCGAGUGACUGACCACAACAAUCAAAUCACGUGACGCACUUUCAAUUCUACAUGCGAGCUGGUGUGGAAGUGCAAUCGAAAGAAAGAUGACCAAACCAUACUGUAUAUGCUCUCCACGCAGGAAAGAACAGAAAUGUAACUUGUGAAAAGCUUGUGUCGUUUAUCAGUAAGAAGAAAAUUGAACAUUGUUUUGUGAUGCGGCAGCGACACCUUUCCGUAAAAGUUGAAUAAAGCCCCUCCCUUCUUUC